AUGGAAGGUAAAUCGGCUAAAAAUUUAAUGGAUGUACAAAAAUACCAAUCAUUUGAUUAUUUAACGAAAUUUAUUGAUAUAAUUACACAGGUUAAAUCAGUAAAUAAAACAGAUGCACAAACAUUAUUAUAUGGAUUUGGUUCAUUAGAAUCAAUAUUAAAUUCAUCUAAUGAACAAUUAUGUGUUUGUCCUAGUUUAGAUCAGUUAAAAGAUUAA